GCAUUCAUCAAAGUUAUCUGCUCAUGAGUAGAAUUUUACUUUUGACAUGCUGUCGAAGCUUGGCUGUAAAUCAGAUACGAAAUAUUGGAUGCAUUGAUUUCAAUAUAGGCGAAUCAAUUGAGGAUUAAGAGUUCGGAAUUAUUUCAGUACCAUCAUUUGUAGCUCUGUUUCGAAAUGCCGUUUGGAUAUCUCUUCCGGAGAACAUGGUCAUCCACAGACCGACUUGAUGGCAAAACAGUGCUCAUAACUGGAGCCAACACUGGUAUUGGCAAAGAGACAGCGCUGGACCUGGCAAAGAGAGGGGCCAGGAUAAUCAUGGCCUGCAGAGACAUGGAGAAAGCUGAGGGGGCCCUGAAAGAAGUCAUAGAAGGCUCUGGUAGCCAAAAUGUUGUCAUCAAGAAGCUUGAUUUGUCAGACACCAAGUCCAUCCGCGAGUUUGCAGAGACUAUUAACAAGGAGGAGACGAAACUCAACAUCCUCAUCAACAAUGCUGGCGUCAUGGUGUGUCCGCAUGGGAAAACAGCUGAUGGAUUUGAAAUGCAGAUUGGCGUCAACCACAUGGGUCACUUCCUGUUGACCCACUUAUUGGUUGACCUGAUCAAAAGGUCGACCCCGGCCAGGAUCAUCAAUGUGUCCUCCAUGGCUCAUUCUUGGGGCACCAUCAACCUGGACGACAUCAACAGUGAGAAGGGCUAUGACAAGAAGAAAGCGUACAGCCAGAGCAAGCUAGCUAACGUCCUCUUCACCCGCUCCCUGGCCAAGAAGCUACAAGGCACUGGUGUGACGGCAUACUCCCUCCACCCUGGCGUGGUUCAGACUGACCUGUGGCGGCACCUGAGCGCACCUCAGGCAGCUAUCAUGAAGAUGAUCAGUCCCUUCACCAAGACAGCCGUGCAAGGAGCUCAGACCACUAUCUACUGUGCUGUGGCACCUGAACUGGAAACGGAGAGUGGUGGAUAUUACAGUGACUGCGCACCAGCCAACUGCUCAAGCUCUGCUUCAGACGAUGACACGGCCCAGAAACUGUGGGAGCUAAGCUGCCGGAUGCUUUCUCUGUCAUGGGAUUAAAUAACUCCCAAAAGGUGUAUGGUUUACAUUUUGAGAUGUAUGAGCACUGAAGAAUAUAACGCAUCUUAAAUGAAAGUCCUUUGUCCCAUGGAUACAUUCCAACAUAUCAUAUUAUGAUGUGGUAUUUUAAUUGAAAUGAUGUAGUUGACAGUACUUGUAGAUGUAACAUACAAAAUACAAUUUAACAUGGUUCAUUGCCACUGGCAUUUGAGAUGGAAUAUAUGUUUGUUUUUUACCGUACUGUACACAUAGUCAUAUAAUAUUUUACAUUAUUAGACUGCUGUUUAUUGUCGAUAAGUAAGUAAUCACACCAACAUUAAAUCACUAAUUACUGCUCCAUCAAUUUUGGGACUUUUAAAUUAAUAUAUAUAAUUCAUUAAUAUAUAUGUGUGUGUAUAGCAAAAGCUCAGGUUGCCCAGCCCGGCGGUGAUACAAUCUUCAGCAAAAUCAUUCGCAAGGAGAUUCCUGCAAAAAUAUUAUUUGAAGAUGAUAUAUAGUACCAGUCAAGUUUGAACACACUUACUCAUUCAAUGGUUUUUCUUUAUUUUACUAUUUUCUACAUUGUAGAAUAAUAGUGAAGACAUCAGAACUAUGAAAUAACACACAUGGAAUCACGUAGUAACCAGUAGCCACUCUUUGCCUUGAUGACAGCUUUGCACGCUCUUGGCAUUCUCUCAACCAGCUUGAAGGAGUUCCCACAUAAAAAUGAUGCUGAGCACUUGUUUGCUGCUUUUCCUUCAUUAUGCGGUCCAACACUUCCCAAACCAUCUCAAUUGGGUUUAGGUUGGGUGAUUGAAGACCAGGUCAUCUCAUGCAGCACUCCAUCACUUUCCUUGGUCAAAUAGCCCUUACACAGCCUGGAGGUGUACUGGGUCAUUGUCCUGUUGAAAAACAAAUUAUAGUCCCACUAAGCGCUAACCAGAUGGGAUGGUGUAUAGCUGCAGAAUGCUGUGGUAGCCAUGCUGGUUAAGUGUGCCUUUCAAUUCUAAACAAAUCACAGACCGUGUCACCCGCAAAGCACUAUCACACCUCCUCCAUACUUCAUGGUGGGAACCACACAUGAGAUCAUUCACCUACUCUGUGUUUCACAAAGACCCGGCAGUUGGAACGAAAAAUUUCAAAUUUGGACUCAUCAGACCAAAGGACAGAUUUCCACUGGUCUAAUGUCCAUUGCUGGCGUUUCUUGGCCCAAGCAAGUCUCUUUUUACUAUUGGUGUCCUUUAGUGGUUUCUUUGCAGCAAUUUGACCAUGGCCUGAUUCACACUGUAUCCUCUGAACAGUUGCUUUGGAGAGGUGUCUGUUACUGAGGUGCAGUUAACUAAUGAAAUGAUCCUCUGUAGCAGAGGUAACUCUGGGUCUUCCUUUCCUGUGGCGGUCCUCAUGAGAGCCAGUUUUAUCAUUGCGCUUUAUGCUUUAUGUGACUGCACAUUAAAACAUUUUAAAAGUUCUUGAAAUGUUCAGAAUUGACUGACCUUCAUGUCUUAAAGUAAUGAUGGACUGUCAUUUCGCUUUGCUUAUUUGAGCUGUUCUUGCAGUAAUAUGGACUUGGUCUUUUACCAAAUAGGGCUAUUUUCUGUAUACCCCCUACCUUGUCACAACACAACUGAUUGGUUCAAACGCAGUAAGAAGAAAAUAAAUUCCACAAAUGAACUUUUAACAAGGCACACCUGUUAAUUGAAAUGCAUUCCAGGUGACUACCCCAUGAAGCUGGUUGAGAGAAUGUGGAAAGCUGUCAUCAAGGCAAAGGGUGGCUACUUUGGACAAUAUCAAAUAAAAAAAUAGAUUUUGAUUUGUUUAAGACUUUUUUUGGUUGCUACAUAAUUCCAUGUGUGUCAUUUCAUAUGUCUUCACUAUUAUUCUACAAUGUAGAAAAUAGUCAAACAAUUAAGAAAAACCCUGGAAUGAGUAGGUGUGUCCAAACUUUUGAAUGGUGAUGUAUACCCAAUAUAACUUGAAUGCCUAAUGAGCUCAGUUCAAUUGCCGUACCCCAUCAAAACCCAAAAUAUGAGAUUGUUUUACUCUAUUGCUUGUAAACAAUGUAAUUUUUAACAAACACUCUAUAGCCUCAAACCAUGGUUAAAACUAUAAUAUUGAUACCAUGCGUGGUCAGUCCUUGCAAAUAGCUCUGAAUUUGAGAGUGGUGACAUUAACCCAGCCCCAUCCCUCAGCUCUUUACUAAAUCAGUGGCGGGAUUGUCGCUUUGUUACUGUUUCAAAUACAGACUUCCCCUUUGGAUUUCAUAAUGAAUUUCCACUGUAUAGUGGCUUUCAAAUAAUAUUUUCUACGUUUAAAAAAAAAACAUUCUAACUAAAACAGUUUUCUAAAAUGAUGCUAUAAUUUUUCUAAACACUUACAAUUACAAAGGGCUGCCUUUAGCAUCAUGUCAUUUCCUUGUUAAAUGUGGUCUAUUUUUCUAUUAUGAUAGAGCAUUAAAAUAUCUACCAGGA